GGAACUACGUCACGUGGCGCUGCGGCCGCUCGUUGCUGACUUCCGCGUUUGUGGGGGGAACGACGAGCGAUGAUCGAUCAGCGGUUAUCGAUGUGACGUCACCAUGUCCAAACGCGAGAGCCGCGGCAAGACUUUAAUCAUCACCGAAGAUGAAAGUGAGGAGUCCAAUCCCUUCUCCUUCAGAGAGUUCCUGCGCACCAAGAACCACGUCCGGGACGAAGACCUGGUUGACGACCGGGGCCGGGAUGAGGAUGCGUCGGUGUGGGAGGAGGAGAGCGCAGCAUGUUGGCAGAACUUGCGAAGCCACCCGGAUAGCUUCACCUCCCUCUGUGCCGAGGAGGCGGAGACGAGCGCGUUCUACGACGGGGACGAUGACGUCACAUUGCCAACGGGAAACCAGGGAACGGCCUUACAAGAGCUGCGUGAGGAGAACAUAUCGCUGAGAAGGGCCAUCGUGGAGCUUCGGAGAACAUCAGACGCAAACGAGCGAAGGGUGGAGGCGCUGGAGGAGGAGCUUGCGCAGAGACAACAGCAGGAGCAGGAGGAGGCGCGAGACCUGGACAACAUUGUCCACUCUGUCGAGCGCAACCUGCACGAGAUGACGAAACGAGCACUGAGAGCCGAGAACGGCGUGUCCAAAAUGAAGGCGGAGCUUCAGCAGCUGCAGGAGGAGCUGGAGCGCACACGCCGCGAAAACGUCAAGCUGAAGUCGGACGAGCGCGACGUCAUCACGGCGAUGAAGCGCAACGCCAACUUGGCGUCCGACUACCUCGACAAGACAGCCACGCACGCGCAUUCGUCUAUAAGUCGUCUGCUGGAAGGGGCGGAGUCUCUGCGUCUGGUCUCGCAGCUGCUGCGCUCCAUCCACAAAAUGACUGACGUCACUGCCGACAUCUGAAGCGCGUGUCGCCGUGGAAACGAGGAGACGCCGAUUGGCCCGUUUGUCGCGCCGGCUUGCUGAUGGUUGGAACGGACACUUUCUCUUUGAUCACCCAAUAAAACAUUUUGGGAUUCCUUUUU